CAUUGUGUUAAGUCAAACUAUUCUUGAGAAAUCAGUCUUCAUUGUGAUCUUUAGUCAUUCAGACCAACACUCACAAAUUCUUAAACAAAUUUAACAAACAAAAAAAUGGCAUCUGCUAAAUUGGUUUUCUUGUGCGCCGUAAUGGCUGUUCUUGCUGCUACCGCUUCUGCUGGUUUGUUGGACUCCCUAUUCGUGCCCACCAUUUUGCAAGAGAAAUAUCAACUUGCACCCACCAAAGAGGGUUAUCGUCUAAAUUUGGAAGAACCCAAUGGCAGCAAACGUGAAGAAGUUGGCAUGGUCGUUAACCCCGGCACACCCGAAGAACAAUUAGUGGUUAUGGGUACCUAUUCCGUGUACGAUGAAAAGACUGAUACUGAAACCAUCACCAUGUACACCGCCGAUAAGGAUGGUUACAAGUCCCGUUAUAUGCUUAAAAACCGUAAAUUGAGUCCUGGCUCAUUGAAAUCAUUGUCUGGUUAAACUUGCUUUAAUUAAAUAAUAAUGAAUGUGUUUUUUUUUCUAAUUUUUAAAAGGUUGUUAAUUAAAUGAUGAUGAGAUUAAUAAAA